AUGUCAAUUUUGCCUUUCACUCCCCCUAUUGUGAAAAGACUUUUGGGUUGGAAAAAGGGAGAACAAAAUGGACAGGAAGAAAAGUGGUGUGAAAAGGCGGUCAAAAGUCUUGUAAAGAAACUGAAGAAGACGGGACAGUUGGACGAACUGGAGAAAGCCAUCACAACUCAAAAUAUCAGCACAAAGUGUAUUACAAUACCGCGGUCUCUGGACGGGCGUCUGCAGGUGUCCCACAGGAAAGGUCUCCCUCAUGUGAUCUACUGCCGACUGUGGCGUUGGCCAGACCUGCAGUCUCAUCAUGAGCUGCGGGCCGUGGAGUUGUGUGAGUUCGCCUUCCACAUGAAGAAGGACGAGGUGUGUGUGAACCCCUACCACUACCAGCGCGUUGAGACACCAGUCUUGCCCCCAGUGUUGGUGCCGCGGCACACAGAGAUCCCCAGUGAGUUUCCUCCUCUGGAUGACUACAGCCACUCCAUCCCUGAAAACACCAACUUCCCCGCAGGCAUUGAGCCCCAGAGCAACUACAUCCCAGAGACACCUCCUCCAGGCUACCUCAGUGAGGAUGGAGAGACCAGUGACCACCAGAUGAACCAUAGCAUGGACACAGGAUCUCCGAACCUGUCACCAAACCCUGUAUCUCCAGCACACAACAACUUAGACCUGCAGCCUGUGACGUACUGUGAGCCUGCGUUCUGGUGUUCCAUAUCGUACUAUGAGCUGAAUCAGCGUGUGGGGGAGAUCUUCCAUGCCUCUCAGCCCUCUCUGACGGUAGAUGGCUUCACCGAUCCAUCCAACUCAGAGCGCUUCUGCCUGGGUCUGCUGUCCAACGUGAACCGCAAUGCAGCUGUGGAACUUACCCGCAGACACAUUGGUCGGGGGGUGCGUUUAUACUACAUCGGAGGUGAGGUGUUUGCUGAGUGUCUCAGUGACAGUGCCAUCUUUGUUCAGAGUCCCAACUGUAAUCAGCGCUAUGGCUGGCACCCUGCCACCGUGUGUAAGAUCCCACCAGGCUGUAAUCUGAAGAUCUUCAACAACCAAGAGUUUGCUGCACUCUUGGCUCAGUCAGUGAACCAGGGCUUCGAGGCCGUCUACCAGCUCACCCGCAUGUGCACCAUCCGCAUGAGCUUUGUCAAGGGCUGGGGAGCAGAGUACAGGCGGCAGACAGUGACUAGCACCCCCUGCUGGAUAGAACUGCACCUGAACGGACCCCUGCAAUGGCUGGACAAGGUGCUAACUCAGAUGGGAUCGCCUGCUGUCCGCUGCUCUAGUGUGUCAUAGGAAAUGCGUUCCCCUCCCCUUUACCACUGCCGGAAGUAACCAGACCAAAACUAGAACUGAAACAGAAAAAUGUUUUCGGAACGGAAGGGUAACGACCCUUAAAGCCAUCAGCAAAUAGAAAAUGCAGCUCAUCUGA